GCGCGAGCGGCAAAUGCCACUGUUACGAUGGCGAUAGCUACAGGCCACAGCGAUUCUAACGGCACCUGUUUUGGUUUUUUUUUUUUUGGAGCACCUUUUUAUUUCUUGUCAUUUUUCUAUUAUGCAACCUCCUUUGUCAAAGUCUGCUUUCUCCUAACUUCACUUCACACUCUUCUUACUAUAUCCUCCCUCCUUCCACGCCCGUAAUUCAGUUACAUGCACAACCUGCCCUGAUCUGCUCAGAUAUUCGAUUUUUGCUCUCGCUUCUUCCUUUUUUCAAUCUUCACGACAAUCAUGUAAACUUGAGGUUUUAGCGACCGGGGCUUUACUUGCUAUUGACCUGGCCUUCUAGUGGUCAUUGUUCAUCAGAUCUCGGUGCCAUCAUUGGAUAUGGACAGCCGUAGCGACGCAGAAACGAGUUCAUUUUUGAGUUUGUUUGCAGCUGUAUCAUAUGGAUUUGCCUCAAUGGCCAUGGUUUUUAUCAACAAGGCUAUCGUCAUGCAGUAUGCGCACUCAAUGACUCUACUCACUAUGCAGCAACUGGCUACGGCCAUACUUGUACACUUUGGUCGUGGCACGGGAUACACAAAAGCAAGGGGAAUAGAUCUGACAAUGGCCAAGAAACUUCUCCCAGUUUCUCUUUUCUAUAAUGCAAAUGUUGCUUUUGCACUGGCAAGUUUGAAAGGAGUUAAUAUUCCAAUGUAUAUUGCGAUAAAGAGACUGACACCUCUUGCUGUGCUCGUUGCUGGAUGUUUCACGGGAAAGAGAAGACCCACAACACAGGUGACUCUUUCAGUAAUAUUGAUUGCUGCAGGGGUUCUCAUAGCUGCCCUUGGAGAUUUUUCCUUUGACCUUUUUGGAUAUAGCUUGGCUUGCUUUUCUGUGUUUUUCCAGACCAUGUACCUUGUACUGGUGGAGAGAUCUGGUGCUGAGGAUGGGCUUUCAUCAGUAGAAAUCAUGUUUUAUAACAGCUUCUUAUCUCUUCCCUUUUUGAUGUUUCUCAUUAUAGCUACUGGAGAAUUCCCAGAUUCUUUAUCCGUAUUACUUGCAAAGUGUUCUUCUCUAUCAUUUAUAGUCAUCCUUAUUCUCUCGUUGGUGAUGGGCAUUGCUCUGAACUACACCAUGUUCUUGUGUACCGUUGUUAAUUCAGCUCUAACUACAACUAUUGUUGGUGUCCUUAAAGGGGUUGGUUCCACUACACUUGGUUUUGUGUUGCUUGGUGGCGUUCAAGUCCAUGCUUUGAAUGUGACUGGAUUGGUUAUCAAUACAGCUGGUGGUGUGUGGUAUUCCUAUGCUAAAUAUAUGCAAAAAAUGAACAAGACCACAAAGCUAGCCGUAACGGUGGAUGAGGCACAUCGAAAAUAGAAGUGGCAUUGAUGGGUUGAGGCUAUUACUAACAGUUCCACUGUCUUUAUUUCUCUGAUUUUCCCCGAAAUUGUAAACUCCGGUGGUUGUUUUCUUCUCUGUUUGAUUUGACAGUAGUCACGGUUGCACGUGGUGAGAGUAUGCUCCUUGAAGUUACAGUUACAUUGAAUGUGCAGUUUGAAUGAUAAGAGAUUUAUAGAUCUUUCCUUAAAAUGAAGAACUGUGAAAGGAGAUGAAGGAUGUUUUGAUUUUUGAACAUGACGCCAUGACAGUGCUCCUGAGCGGAGAAAGUAAGGAAAAUAUGAAGAUCUAAUCAA